AAGCGUAAAAAAAAUGGCGCCAUUUUCAGCUCAGUGACACGCUUUUGUUCGUGUCUGUAUAAUAGGGCAAAAAAAAAAAAAAAAAAGAAAAAAAAAAACACAAAUACAAAUGUAUUACCUUUGCAAUGUAUACAAUUGCGCAACUGAUCUCUUUGAAAAAAAAUAUGGGGACUGCGAGAAUGCGCCGCUUUUUCUGAGUUAAUGUUUAACGAAACUGUUUUUGCCAAAUUAAAAACGGAGCCGCACGCCGAGAGAAGCAGUCGGUGAAGCGAACCAUGAAGACGUGCCAACUGUCAGGCAAAAGAUACCCAGUCGCGAACACACCGAAUAGGGUACAUCAGUGAGCCCGCGUGGCCUCCAUGGAAGGAUCGAUUACGCAUAUGAACCAUACCAAACAGUUGCACAGAUAGGGUUGCCACAUAGCCCCACGCCGCACCGUACGGUUACUGCCCACGUAUGACAGCGCUUGUCCCCCCGUGUAGCCACGCGCAAAGAGGACCCUUGUCUUUUGCCUAAAGCUUCAGCUUAAUGAUGAACAGAACAUUUUAACUGCCUCUGUUUUUUUCCCGGGGGACAUUGCAAAGUUAUUAAUAAAUUUUCUUUUAACAGUAAGUUGCUCUUUUUCGCAACUCUGUUUAGAGGCGUAACCGUGGCGUUACAGCUCAGUGCGGAAAGGAGGACACAAACAAAAUUAGCUGCUCUCCCGAGGAUUUAGCAGCGAGCAGCUGGAAAAUCAACGAACCAAGUGACCCGCCCGCGGAUCGGUAGAAGGACCACCUGACCGCUUGACGAACCGCUUAUCUGACCGCUUACCUGACCGCCAACCCCCCUCCGCAAAAUGGACGAGCUGCAAAGCGAAUUCGAGAAGAUGAAAAUAAAGUCGGACGCGGAGGAAGAAGAACAGGAAGGGGAAGAAUCUGGAGAGGAAAAAAUAUCCCAGAGAAAGCUGAGGUACUUAAAAAUGAAAGAUAAAAAGGAAGAAAAAAAGCGAAAGAAGCAAGGCACGAAGGGUACGACUAAUAAAAACGCCGUAGAGAGUAACAGCAAAGUUAAAAAUAAUGACUCCAAGGAUGAACAGAAAAAUGGCGACAAUUCACGAGAUGACGAAAAUGCAAAUGACGUUUCGAAUAAUUUAAAUGAAAAUAAUGAGGAAGAUCAGGACGCCUCGGCAGAAAGUCCCCAGGGAAAUAAGGCAGCCAAAUGCGAACCCGUCCUCGUGGACUACUGUAAAGUUUGCGGGAUGCCCUACGAAUACUGCGAAUACGGAAACUCCUUCAACCAGUGCAAAGAGGCGAACAAGGAGAAGUACAACUACGACAUCGUACGGGGCGACGCGGAAACGAGCAACAAGCGCCAGGCGAAGAAGGCCCCCCAGAAUGCGACUCAAAAAAUUACCAUACAGAAGACCACGCGGGCACGAAAAAAAGUUGUCACCGUUGUCGUGGGGUUACAUACGUAUGUCAAAUUGGACAAAAUGGCAAAAAUAUUUUCGCGCUUCUAUGCAUGCGGUGCGUCCGUUAUCAAGGGGGCAAAUGGGGCCCCCGACCAGAUAGACAUACAGGGAGACGUCGAACAUAACAUUGUCGAAAUUAUCAUGAAGAACUGCCCCGAAAUUCCUGAAGGCGUCUUCGUAACGUUGCCCCCCAAGUAGGUGCAUCAAUGGAGGUAUAUUUUUUGGGGCGUGUAUUCCUUCCUCCCCCGGAAAAGACACACAUGUGCGCAACCCUAUGCAUGUAUGAGCUAAUGAGUAUGUUUGGCAGGGAGAAGAGCGGUUUGGUCGUUUGGGGUACUGCUCCGCGGAACUGCUCCAGUUACGCCACCCAUGAUGAGUUGGCUCUCCACUUCACGCAACUGCUUCAAUUGUGUAGCCGCGAAAAAACGUCGACGCAUCUUAAAGUGAAUACCCCCCCAGCGGCGCUACUUUGCAAGUGUGUUAGCCUACAUUGCGCCGUUUCUGAGCAGCGAGGGUGGUCCUCACAUUCUCAUUAACUGUGCAUGUGUGCGUACGUCUCUCUAUAUACACAACCUUCUGGCCGUGUUAGCUAAUUCGAGUGGGGCUGGAGUUCACUUUUUCCAGCGCUUCCAAUUUUUUAUUUUUAUUUUGCCGGAAGAGCCUUUUCCUCCAAAAUUUUUCCUAUUGACUUUUUUUUUUUCGAAAAUGUCGCCCUCCUCAUGAUCAGUUAUUUGUUCAAAAUUUUCUCUUUCAUUUCUAUCCUUUUCAUAUUGCGUUUUUAAGAACUGCAAAAUUUUAUAGUCAUAAUUAUCGUACAGUAUUUGGUC